AGGCCAAUAUUAAGCCACUAUAAAAAUCUCCCUCCACCAUCAACCAUGGUGGUUGUGACAUACCCUUCUUCUUCUUCUUCUUCCCUCCACACCCAAACCUCUACAAACCCACCACCCCAUCUCAAACCCUCCCCACCUUCUCUCCUCUACCUCCACCAAAUCUCCAGAAUCCCCACCAGACCCAGCACCCACAAACCAUCAAAUUCCAAUGGGGUUCUCUCUAUUAAGGCUUACAUGGAGGACACAAACUCUGUCUCUGGUUUUGCCAGGAAGGUGAUUGGUUCGCUCCCUGUUGUUGGUCUGGUAGCCAGAAUCUUGAGCGAUGAAGGCGGUCUCGGUGGCGACACCAUUGACUUCGCAGAGUUUCGAAGGAGGGUUGGGAAGAAAUGCUCAGUCACUGAUUCCAGAGCCUUCUAUGAAUUCAAAGAUCGCCGAGGCAGGUCAGGGGAUCCAUUGUAUGUCUUGCUAUCGUGUUGGUUAGCGGCAGUGGGUGCUGGUUUGCUGAAAUCUGAGGAAAUUUUGGAGGGUGUGUCGAGGCUUCGGUUAUCAAAUGACAUUGAGUUUGAAGAGGAGAAUUUUAUUUCCAUGAUGAAUGAAGCAAAAGAGAAGCGAGCAAAGCUAAACAUACCUACCCCUACUGUUUCAAUGGAGGUUCGAGCUAAGAAAGCCCUUGAAGCUAUUUAUGUUUGCUGCUUUGGCAAAGAUCCUAUUGAAGAAGAAGAUGAGAGAUUAUUAUGUAUCAUGCUUAAUGCCGUUUUUCCCUCCGUUGGGCUACAAGAGAUGACAAGAAUUGUAAAAGAAAAGGCAAGAAAAGUCGCAGAAGGCAGUGAAGAAGACCAAGUUCCAGAGCCAAAGCCGUUAUCUAAAGAAGCUGUACAGCUGCAAAUGAAGGACCUCCAAUUUCUCAAACAAAACAGUGAGACUUAAAAAGGGUUCACCUUUCUUGGUACACGAUGAAAUUUUGAAGUGCUGAGGAAACUCAAAGGAAUUCCUUGUAUUGUGUAUGGUGCACCACAAAGUGGAACCAAGAAGGUAAUUAGAGAACCCACAUUACUAUAUGUAUGAAACCCUGUAAGGUUGUUACUUUGUUUGAGCUAUAACUAACCACUUCUCCAAGUGAUUAACUCUUAUCUGUCCAUUUCUAUACUCGGUUCUGUGAUUGGAAUCAUAAUGUCUGAUUACUGUUUUCAUUUUU